AUGGUAAGAACUCCUUUCUAUGACAAAAAUGGAGUGAAGAAAGGUGCAUGGAGCAGAGAAGAAGAUGAUAAGUUAAGAGCUUAUGUUCACAAAUAUGGUCACUCUAAUUGGCGUCAACUCCCCAAGUUUGCAGGUUUAGCAAGAUGUGGGAAAAGUUGCAGACUUCGUUGGUUGAAUUACUUGAGACCAAAUCUAAAACACGGGAACUACACCCCAGAGGAAGAAGAAAUAAUCAUCAGAUUACACCAACAAUUUGGAAAUAGAUGGUCCUUGAUUGCUGAAAAACUUGCUGGAAGAACAGACAACGAGGUAAAGAACUAUUGGCAUAGCCACCUGAAGAAGAGCUUGAAGAGAAGUGAAAUGACAGCAUCUGAGUUGAAGUUGAAGGGAGCUGAUGACAAGAGUUUUGAAGGAAAUUUAAAGGAAAAUUGUGGUGAUGAUAUCUUCCCUCAUAUUUUAGAAAGUUCAUUGGCCAUUUCUGCAGAAACAGCAGAAGGAGACAACUAUUCAGAAGAUGGUCUUCCUCCAUUAGUAUCAUACAAACAAUUCAGCGGCGAUUUUUGGUCUGAGCCAUUCCUCCUAGAAGAUACUAUUCAUACUUUUAAAGAUGACAUUUUCACUGCUAAAGGAAUGGCUUUGUUAAUUCCAAACUUCGAUGCUGCAUAUUUCAUGUAA